AUGGAUGAGGAUCAAACCAACCAUACUGGUAUGUUUCCGAGUAUUGAUCAGAAUGUGAAGGAGCGGAGAGCAGUCAAGCGAAUCCAGCCUGUAGGUCACAGCAAUAUCCGCGUCUCAGCGAAAUGCAUCAAACGGCAGGAAGGGCCCAAGGUCGUGCACGCGAUCACCACUUUUGCCAUUUCUCUCUUGACAAGUGUUUUCCGCAAUGGAGGAGACAUGAGCCCUGCAGUUCGUGUGCUUCUACACAAAAACCAGAUGCUAAGCAUGGUCCAUAUAUUAGACCACAUCACCAGCAAAGUCACCCUCACAAGUGGUGCUGUCAGAAGAUUGUAUCACAUGUCUGGGAAAUUGGUCUUGGAUGGAUCAGAGCUUGAAAACGAGCAAUGCUACGUAGCAGCAGGCGGGGAGAAGUUCAAGAAGCGAGGCUACAAUAUACAAAAUUUGCAGCAGACGUCUCCAAGGAAUAAGAGAGUGCUUCCACCGGUUACUAGGAGACCACCACCCAAAGCCAAGCCGUCUCCCAUCAGGGAACAACAGAAACCCACUCAUCAGCCUCGAGAGCCUAAACCUCCCCCGCCAAAGCAGGAGGUCCCAGCUCGCAGGCUUCCGCCCAAGCCUGCUGCCCAGCCCGAGCAGAAGCCCAAGAGCCGACGCCCCAAGCCGGAGAAGACGGCCGAACAAAGGGAAGCGGAGGCUGUUUUCCACCACAAGCCGGCCAUAGUCAAACGCAGCCGGGAAAAGGAAGAACAACCCAAGGAAUCUCUGGACUAUGAGGGUAAGUUAUCCAUCAUAUUAAUCUAA